UAAUAUUUAACUGGAUUGCAUUUAAUUACAUGUUUACCUUUCAAUCCUAUCCAUUACUCAUUGUAACAAAACUUUUCACCUAAUUAAUCAAGACCUGAUUAGUAUGUCAUUUUUACCAUAGGUCAGUGGUGAUCCGUCAGCUUAACGAAACUACUUUAUUUAGUGGAAAAAUAUGUAGGUCACAGUUGGGUCUGUCUAUUUUCAUGAAAUAUUGUUAUUUGCCCUAUUUUCAGACUCAUAAAUGAGCCUUAUUAUUAAAAUGUUGUAAACUAUUUCCUUUUAGAGUUUGUAAAUCUGUUCUUUACUUUUGGUAUCUCUACUAAAUUUAAAUAAUUUCACUGGUUUGUGCCUUGGUCAAUGCAGUGCCAAAUUUUUGUUAUAUUUAAUUGAACAUAUUCUCUCAUUACAAAUUUGGUCCCUAGAGUUUGCCUUUAUGUAUGUAAUAUGUAUGCAUCAUUAUAAAACAUUAGUUGAUAUUUAUUUGCAUUAUAAUAAUAAACAAUUAAAUCAUGGUUGUUCUAGAUAGGUCUACCCAUUUUUUUUUGUCCAUAGAUAAACACUGCCCAAUUUAUUACUUUAAUAGAUUACCAGUGCCCUACAUAGUAUUAUUUUUAUAGAUCACCACUGCCCUAUGUAAUAUUGUUUUUAUGGAUCACCACUGCCCUAUGUAAUAUUUGUUUUUUAAAUCACCACUGCCCUAUAUAAUACUAGCCUAAUUUCUUCUGUGUACAUUUCCAUCUCUUUAUAUAGCUAGUGAUAAUUGUAUACAUGUUGUUGUUCUUUUUGUUUCUUUCUUGCUUCUGGAUAAAUCAAAAUGGAGUCCAAGAAUUACUGACUUCAACUAGAAGAUUGGGUUCUGAACUGAACACAAAUCUAGAUGACUCAUUUCUUCGUACCAAUGAGCGUAUGAGCAAGAGAGCCAAGGCUGUAUCAUCUCUGCUGUUUUUCAAGUCGGAAAGUGCACAGCAGCUGCUCAGGUCAAGCUGGAAUGGGUCAAGUGAUGACAUACCAGAAGACCAGAGGCCACCAUCGGGCAGUGCUGGCUCAUCCCCCAGCACCGGCAGAAGAAAAGCCACCUCCAAUGAGAUGGAGUUGAUGCCACCCCCAGCUAAUGCCAUGAUGAAUAGAAGAAAUAGGCGUAAUGACAGAUCCAAGUCCUCCAGUAGAGAGAGCCUCAACUCACAAAAGAAAGGGAACAAGAAGAAUGAUGAAAAUGAAAACAUAACAAGGUCAGGGUCAGAUGCAGAGAUGAGGUCAACAGUCAUAUAAGGUCAGAAUUCAAGGUGCUACACAAGAUUUAUAGUAGAAACAAGGGAGACAACAAUUCACCAGCUGUAACAAUAGAAAUGCAACCAAAAAAAAAUGUGUUAAAGUACUAAAUUAUAAAGAUGCAAAACUAUUUGACCUCUUUUUUAUCUUUCUUUUUUCUACUCUUAAUAUCUAUUUAUAUUUAUGUACUCAAUAGCAGUAUUACUUUAAAAUCUUGUCAAGGAGAAUUCUAGAAAAAAAAUGGCUGCUUAAAUAUUUUUUUUCUAAAGAUUUUUUUUUUUUUUUUUUUUUUCCUAAAUAUUUGCUUGUUAGUUUUAGUUUGUAGAAAAUGUAAUAUAAAAAUAGCUCUUGGACUAAAUGUAUAAAUUCCUUAGAUCUUAAUCACUGGUUUAGUAAAAAAGACUGAUUCAAAUCACUAUUUCUUUCAAUAACUGCUUGAUUCAAAGGACAGAUCUGUUCUCCAUUUUUGGAAUUUAGUGCAUUGGUUUAUUAAAAUUGCCAGCUUGUUGAAUCAUUAGAUGGUUCAAAUCACAAUUCCACAUUGUUGCUAUGACUUACUUUUACCCCAUGUAUUUAAACAAAACCUUUUUAAUUCUUCAAAGGUUUCGGUUGUUGCUUUCUAGGACUAUCUGUGAUUUCCAAGACUUAGCGGACCAAGAAUUUGAGAAUUAAUAUUUCACUUUUGAUUCUAGUUCCAUUGCAAUACAUUUUGCUUUCUGACAUUUCAAUGCUGCUUCCUGUUUGAUUUUACAUCUACAUGCUGUCUUCCAUAUUUUUUUAAAAGUUACCAUGAGCAUUAUCUAUGACUGACUUAUGUAAGAAUUUAUUGUCAAUUAUAAAUUUAUCAUCUAGAUAAGACUUCAUUGUUUAAUGUGUGUUUAUAUUAAAGGUUUUAUUUAUACCUGUAUUACAUACAAUGUUUUACAAUAGAAUGAAAUGAUGGCAACAGUGAACAUAGAAAGUUGACACUAGAAUGUUUGUCUGGUUUGGAGAGUAUUGAAAAAAAAAUGAAUGUGAUGAAUAUUCAUAAUAAGAUUAGAGAGUAUGAAGUAACUGAGAGGUAAAAAUGUUUAUAUAAAAAGUUUGAUUUGGGUUUGAGAGUCUUGUUCAGACUAUUGAUUGUGUACAAACUAAAACAUGUUGUGCUGCCCUAUCAGAUAUUGAUGAUCACGUGUUCAUUGUAUAUAUUAAGUAUUGUAGGUCAGAUCUAUAAGGUCAGUCUUUUUUUUUUUUUAGCUCAGAUAUUGUGAAAUAAUUUAAGAUUAGACAGUUAACUUCUAAAUCCAAAGAUUGUUUUGCACUGUCAGUUCUUUGACUUGAUUGAUGGCUGUUUGCUCAUAUGAAAUUUACUCUUGACUCUGGGCUAAAGUCAUGAUGGUCUUUCCUGCCACUAUGCUCUGCUGAUAGGGCAAUUCUGAAGAAUGUUUGACACCUCAUUAAUAAUAAAUAAGCAAAAGCACAACUUAAAAGCACAACUUUUCAUUGUGUUUGCUGAUAUAAAUAGCAUGUUUCUAUUUUCUUGGACUGAUACUUUGAGUUACUUUUUAACUCUUUCUCUCCUAACUAACGAUACCAACGUUGAUUCCACCAGAAUGUGGUAAAUAAUUACGGAGAGAAAGAGUUAAUUGUAACGAGAGGAAAUAUUCUUACCAAGGAAGAUCAUUGUGAUAAUGUGCCAUUAUAUAUGUUUAUCUCUAUAUAUAUCAUUAUUUUUUAAAAGAAGUAAUACUUUUUUUUAAUAGAGCAUCUCAGUCAUUCUCUUUUUUUUUUGAGUAUUUAAUUAUUGUUUUACUAUAAUAGUAAAAUAGUUACAUAUCUGCAUGACACAUUGACAUUAAUAUGUACUUUUAGUUUGAAAAAGAUAUAUUACAUGUUAUAUAACCAGUGGUGUUUCCAAUUAUAACACAUACAAACUAUACAUUUUUGUUUCCUGUUCUGCAAGAGAUACUUCAGUUGCCAACUGCAAGUCAUUACAAUUGUUGACUGUUUUCUACAUAUUUUCCAAGUCAUUACUUACUUCAUUCCACUGAUGUAGUUAUUAUUCAAAUCACUUUUCUGUUAUUUGCUUUCUUGUAGUUGCACAAGGGAGGUUAUAAUAAUUGUUUAUUGCUCUCCCAUUUCACUUUGAAACGGAAACAAGUUUUAAGCUUUUAUAUAAUCAAGCUUGUUAAAACCAACUUCAAUGAGGUUUCCUAAAUUUGUUAACAAUUUAUUAUGAAUGAUGUAAGCACAGAGCAAGGAAACAGUGCAGAUGUUGUACCUUUGGUGAUCAUAUUAGAUUAUUGAUUUGGUUUGCAAAGGAUAGCUUAGAUAUAGUUUGUCCAUCGUGGUUCGAUGAUGACCACUUGUGUCAUCCAGGGGGCUGAGGGCUUUGCACUGGGGUUUAGUGCCUCCUCAUGAGGCUGGUGAGACCUAUGUGAUCCCGGAAUGUUUGGCUGCACACUGUGCAGGCUAUUCCAGCUGGAGCUAGUGUCAUUGGCAUGCUUUUUUUUUCUCUGCUGCUUUUCUUCUACCAGGGCUGUUCUCUUGUUCUCUGCAAUAUGUGCACCAGUUUUCACAGCGCGACGCCAUGAUGCUCUAUCAUGUGCUUCUGUCUCCCAGGUGGCAGGGUCUAUGCUGAAGGCUUUCAGAGAAGCUUUGAGGAUGUCCCUGAAGAGUUUUCUUUGUCCACAUUGUGUGCGCGUCAUUCUCUAAAUUGGCCAUAGACUUGAUGGACUCUCUCUACAGUGUGUUAGUAAAGUGAAGUAAGACCAUUUUAUUAGAAUGUGUUGACCUUUUCCUAGAGCCUGUUGAAUUGUUUCCCCUUGCUGGAAAGAUUCCAGAGUUGAGAAAUCUUUUGAACUUGUUUUAUUUUUACAGUGUCAAUAGUUGACUUCAUAUCCAGAUGUUAUUCAAUGGAAUCAUGUUUAUGUAUACAAUUUGAUGAUUGUCAUAAAUAAAAAUGCAUGUACAUAGUU